UGUCAAAUACGUCAACAUACAACGUUGCAAUUUUCGUGUUUUAGUGAAAUGAAAAAAAUUCUCUUUUUCUCAAUUAUUCAUUUAUUCCACGUGUUUGUGUGUGUGGUUUAAAUACUAUUUCAUUCAACUGAUGAAUAUUUCAUUCGGAAUGACUUAAAAUGCUUUCUGCAACAAAGAAUAAGAUAACUUAUAAAACAGUUCUCGUAGGUUUUACACAUACAUACGUAUAGCGAAAUCGUUUUUUACUAUUCGGAGUAAAGUUGAUCGAAUUACAGUACAUUAAGCCUUCAACUAUCAAUAAAAUGUAUCUCUUUUUAUUUUUAUUUUCUCUCUCCCCUCUCUCUAUAGCUUUUACGUUUGGUUAUAUUCUAUCAUGCUCCACGGAAGAAAUAUCGACACCAUGAAUACAUCCCACACAUCUCACAAAAUGCUAAACGAGUUUGAAUGAAUUCUAAUUUUGUUUCCGAGAUGAUGUGAUGGAAAACACAUCCGGAAUCCGCCACUUUGUUUUACAUUCCAUGAUAAUGAAUACUAGGAAACGGUCGAUGUGUCGAGUGCGACUGACCUAUUUAUGGAUAAUGAAAAUGAUUUCCCUGUCGUUAAGUGUCUGGACUUGCACGUUUUAUUAUAGGAUCAUCAGCACUACAUUGCUAUCAUAGUUCACAAGAAGUCAAGCUCAAACACUGAUAAAUUCAACGCACGUGCAACGUUCGUUUUAUCAGAUUGCGUGUGAAAAUUCUUGGAGAGGGAAAUAAUUACCCCAUCGUGAAUUAAACAUUGUGUACAACAUUUAAGUCUCUGGGAAUUCGAUAUGAACGAGGAAUUAUUUGUGAAGUGCGUGUUUUCAAUGCAUUAACACACCUUGCUGUAGUCCAAACAUCCAGAAUUUACAGAAUGCACAAUAAGGAUGCACAGCUUCAGUUUCUGGAUGAUGUUUAUUCGUCGAAAGUGUUCCCCACGACACUUGUCUACAACGUGGCGGCCGCCCUCGGCGGACUGGCGAAUAUCGUGGUGAUUUUGGUGUACUGCUUUCGAAUUCAAAGAGAAACUCACAGGUACUACAUCCCGGUAAUGUCCGCCGUGGAUUUUACUGGGUGCGUCAUCAAUGCAUUUUAUUUCCAUCUGGUUGACUCCCACCAUUUUGAUUACCCGAGUGACCUUCUCUGUCGAAUCCUCUCCUUCAUGGUGAUAUUUAACAAUGGUGUUUCGGGACAUAUUAUCUUGGUUAUCGCCCUUCAAAGAUACCUAAUUUUGUGCCAUCCUUUUGGAAAACAGUUAAAUAGGACGUGGAGGAGAGCGUCCCUCGUCAUUAUAAUCAUGUUAUCGGUUGUAUACGGAUCCCCAACCAUCUACGCAAGUGGCACUUCACCGGAAGUGGUGUUUUACGACAAUCAGAACUCAACUAGGGAAACAUGCACUUUCGUCAGCAACGUUAAAUCAAAGAUAUCUUUUCAACGAGGUUAUUUUGGAUUUUUACUGGCCGUUAUAUUAUUGAAUAUUGUUAUCACGGCAGGCCUGUAUUUCCCCGUUAUACGGAAAGUCUACCGCUCAAUAGCGAGACUGGAGGAGACCACUUUUCCAGAUAAUCGUGCACAUGAAACACCGUCUGAGAGCCAAAUCAACGACGAGGAAGACGGCGUCGGUGGAUCUAAUGUUUCUCGGGCGCGUUUGAAACACAAUAUGAGUGUGACUGUGCUAUUUAUAAUUGUGGCUUACAUUGUGUCGUUUUUACCAUCCUUGUUUACCCAGACUUUGGUCAUUAAAGAACCGGAAAUAUCAGACACCGUCACUCAUAUAAACCUGUAUCAUUUCUUUCUGCGGUUUUAUAUAUUUAAUCACAUUCUGAAUCCGUUCAUCUACAUCGGGUUUGAUAUGAAAUUUAGAAAGGAGUUUAAAAUCUGGAUCUGUUCAUGUGAAUGUAGAAAAUGAAGAUAGCUAUGUAAUGAAUAACACAUUGAUGUUUCAUUUCCGAAUUAAAUGCUAUUUCUAUCCGUACUAUGAAUCUGUGAUAUCGAUGAGGGAGAGAGAUGAAUAAGGGGAACCCAUUGCAUAUAAUCUUGAUAUUCUCAGUGAUGUUUUAAAUUAAAUGUUUGAUGCCUGCAACAUCAAAAACACGUU